AAAUGAUUGGAUCCACCACACUGAAAACUAAACCGGAAGUGUACAGGUGAAUGUUUGGCAUCAUAACGCACAGGUAAAUCAAGGUCUGAGGAGGAGUCAAAAUGAAAGCUAGCUUCCUCACUGGAGAGGGACAUUUCAUGUAUCACAAAAGAUGAUAUCAAUCAAACACUUCAACUGAUUUUUGCACAAUGUACAAUAUUAGAAAGCUGAAGAGACUCUUCUCCACGUUUGGGAUAGUAAUAUGUCUGUUCCUUCUCAUCCACAUCAAUUUGCCCUGGAUGAAGGCAUUCUUCGGAUCAAAUCCACCCUUGAUUAUGAACAAUGCCAACAGAAAGUCUGCAGUAGUGAAAAAAUUGAUGGAGAUUAAAAAUGCUCAUGAUGUCAAUGCUGAUGACCUGUUCAAUCCACUAAAGGAAGUGAUUGGGGUUCCUCUUCGCAUGGAAGAAAUGUCUUUCGAAGAGAUACAGAAAAGUAGAUGGAUCAAUACCCAGAAAUAUUCUCCAAAUUCAUUGUUAGACUUUGUGCCCCCUGUUCCAAAAUUUUCAGUUUAUGAUGUUGUAUAUCAACUUAAAAAUGACAUUAUGCAAAAAUAUUUAGCUUUAGACAAGAGAAAGUAUGAAAAUCACAGCAUAGUGAUUUUAACACCUGUGCAUAAUAGUGAAAAUGAUCUGGUCCAGUAUGUUCAGUUGAUUAGAGAACUUGAUUAUCCAAAACACAAGCUUUCAAUUGUUUUCGGUGAAGAUGGUAGUGAGGACCAAACUUUACAAUUAGGAAAGGAUUUAUGUGCUGAACUUCAUAGAGAAGGAUUCCACAGAGCAGAAAUCUUCCAUUUUAACAUAACCGGUCAAAUUACUGGUGAUUGGAACGAGAUUCAUGACCAGGUGCAACAAUAUCAGCGUAGAAAGCAUCUUGCCAGAGCUCGAAAUCUGCUCCUUAAAGCUGGAUUAACAGACGAAGAAUAUGUGUUGUGGAUUGAUGCUGAUGUGGGAGUGCUUCCUAUGGAUUUAAUCCAACAGUUGAUCUUCGCAGACAAAGAUGUAGUUGCCCCAUGCUGUCUUUAUAAGAAAAGCGAAUACACAAAUGUCUAUGACAAAAAUACAUGGAGAGAGACAGAAUACUCUCUACAAGAGCAGAAGAAACUCAGCAAAUUUCAACUGGUUUUAGAGGGUUAUGGACCAACAAUUAGACUUUAUUUACCUCACUUGAGAGGAGAGGGCAGAGUGGUUCCCUUAGAUGGGGUGGGGGGCUGUAGUUUACUGGUCAAAGCAAAGUGCCAUAGGCAGGGACUUCACUUCCCUGAAGAAAUUUUUCAGAAUCAUAUAGAAACUGAGGGACUGUCCAAACUGGCCAAGAGCAAAGGCUUUGGGGUUUAUGGAAUGCCAUUUGUUGAAGUUUACCAUAAAUAAUGCAAUACAUGUGUUUCAAUAUCUCUGGUUGUUGAGUGAGGUUUUUUAAUAAGAAAAUUUGAACACAUCUAUUCAUAUACAUGCAUGUAUAUAUAUUUGCAAAAUGUUGUUUAUUUGUAAAAUAUAUAUUUUUUAGAAAGUCUUUAAGAACUAGUCUAGUUUUAUAGUCUUUUUACCAUGUUUACAUCAUUUAUAAACAACGGUUAAUCAACAUAUCAUUAUUUAAUCUGUUGGUGCAUUGUUUGUACAUGUAUAUUACAGUUUCCUUUGAACAUACAUGAACAUUCCAAGUUUUGUACAUAAUUGUUUUUGUUUUCAUGAGAAUAUGUACAUAUUCUAAAUUUAAAAAUUUAUGUCUUCCAAAAAUUUUCCCCAUAUCAAGUGAAAUUCCAUUAUCUUUUCAGACACUGCAUUCAGUUUAUUUUGUAUCUGUUCUAUUGAUUUAAUGUUAGCAAAAAUGUUAGAAGUGCUACAUAAUAAUAAAUAGACCACCUGCAAAACGUUAAGUUAAUUUAUCUGUGUAGGUUUUUAGUUUCACAUUGGGAUAUGACAUUAUACAUCUAUUUACAUCAAUUUGUAUGUUAUUGUUUGAACAAAAUAAAUACAUGUAGUACAUAUUCUUUAGUGAGACAUCUUCUUUUCUCUCAAUGAUAUUUGCUAAGACUAAAGCAUAGCAAAACAAAUUUUGAUUCAUCAUGUAUUUAGUGGUAUUCAAAUGAGAAUAAGUAUAUUUAUCAAUCUUGCUAGCACCAAGUAACUAUAAGUCAUGUAUAAAUUAUCUAUAACUCUCAUAAUUUAUAUAUAAGCUGUAAUAUCAUAACCC